AUGUACUUAUCAGAGAAGCCUCGCCCUCUCGAUUUCUACAAAGAAGAAGUAACACCCUCUUCAAGAGACAACAUGAUUAUCGAAGUUGUCUCUUCCAAUGGCGAUUUGCCAGCUCACCAUCUUCCCACCCCCACCACCACCAAUACUAACCCACACCAGAUGAUUCUCGGCGACAGCAGCGGUGACGAUAACCACGAAGUCAAAGCACCCAAGAAGCGAGCCGAGACAUGGGUUCAAGACGAAACGCGGAGUUUGAUUGGGUUUCGUAGGGAAAUGGAUGGUCUCUUCAAUACUUCCAAGUCAAACAAGCAUCUGUGGGAGCAAAUUUCAGCUAAAAUGAGGGAGAAAGGGUUCGAUCGAUCGCCGACUAUGUGCACCGACAAGUGGAGGAACUUGUUGAAAGAGUUUAAGAAGGCCAAGCAUCAAGAUAGGGGAAGUGGGUCUGCUAAAAUGUCGUACUAUAAGGAGAUUGAUGAGAUUUUGAGGGAAAGGAAUAAGAAUCCUCAGUAUAAGAGUCCUACUCCUAAAGUUGAUUCUUACAUGCAAUUUGCUGAUAAAGGCUUUGAAGAUACAAGUAUAUCAUUUGGACCCGUGGAAGGUCCUUUAUCAGGGCUUGUGCCCUUUGUGGUCACAGAUCAAGCUUUUUAUCAAAGAAAAAGAAAAACUGAUGAAGCAGACCAUGGUUUGGCUGCAGAAGAGUAUUCAAAUGCAGUGGCAUUUGCAUUCUCUAGCACAAAAUGCCUUUAUAAGUGUUCUCAAUCUCAUUAUGCAGUGGACAAGUUACUGAGUAUUUCUGUCACUACCUCUGCCAGGCCAUCACUCAAUCUGGAAAGACGUCUGGAUCAUGAUGGACACCCUCUUGCAAUCGCUGCAGCUGAUGCAGUUGCAGCAAGCGGAGUUCCUCCUUGGAAUUGGAGGGAGACCCCUGGGAAUGGUGCUGAGAGUCAAUCAUACGGUGGGAGGGUGAUAUCAGUCAAGUAUGGGGACUACACAAGAAGGAUUGGCGUUGAUGGCACCGCAGAUGCCAUCAAGGAAGCAAUCAAGUCUGCUUUCAGAUUAAGAACUAAGCGAGCUUUCUGGUUGGAGGAUGAAGACCAGAUAAUUCGUAGUCUUGACAGGGACAUGCCUUUAGGCAAUUACAUGCUUCACCUUGAUGAAGGAAUAGCUAUCAAAGUCUGCCUGUACGAUGAGUCGGACCACAUGCCAGUGCAUACUGAAGAGAGAAUUUUCUAUACCGAAGAUGACUACCGUGAUUUUCUGUCACGCCGGGGCUGGACGUGUUUAAGGGAGUUCGAUGGUUAUAGAAACAUUGAUAGCAUGGAUGACCUUCGGCAUGGUGCUAUAUACCGUGGUGUGAGUUAG